CCCCCCAAGUCAUCAACUACCCUACCAGCAAUGGCCGCCAAGUACCAGAUCGUGCUCAUCCGCCACGGCGAGAGCCAGUGGAACGUGGACAACAAGUUCACGGGCUGGCACGACGUGCAGCUGUCCGAGAAGGGCGAGCACGAGUCGCACGAUGCCGGCAAGGUGCUCAAGGCCGCGGGCUUCAAGUUCGACCUGGCCUACACGUCGGUGCUCAAGCGCGCCAUCAAGACGCUGUGGAACAUCCUCGAGGAGACGGACCUCAUGUGGAUCCCCGUGGUGCGCUCCUGGCGCCUCAACGAGCGCCACUACGGCGCGCUCACGGGCCUCAACAAGCAGGAGACCGUGGACAAGCACGGCAUCGAGAAGGUCAUGAUCUGGCGCCGCAGCUACGCCACGCCUCCCCCUGACCUCGAUGCCAGCAGCGAGUACUACCCGGGCAACGACCCCAAGUACGCCGACGUGCCCAAGGAGCUGCUGCCCUUCGCCGAGUCGCUGGCCACCACGGGCGAGCGCGUGCUGCCCUACUGGGAGCAGACCAUCAUCCCGUCCAUCAAGGAGGGCAAGAAGAUCGUGAUCGCCGCCCACGGCAACUCGCUGCGCGCGCUGGUCAAGCACCUGGACAACAUCCCGGAGGACUCGAUCACGGGCCUCAACAUCCCCACGGGCGUGCCCCUCGUGUACGACCUGGACGAGAACUUCAAGCCCGUGCCGCACAAGGACGCCAUCGCCCCCCUGUCGGGCUACUACGUCGGCGACCAGGAGGAGAUCAAGGCCCGCAUCGCCGGCGUCGCCAACCAGACCAAGGCCAAGUAA